GCGGUGGCGGCUGCUCGGACGGAGCGGGUGGUUCGACUGCAGUCUUCCUGGCAACGACGCCAGCGGGGUCUGCGCUGAGGCGAGCAGUGCCUGCUGCAUGAUGCCGUAGCUCGCCCUCUGCACUCAGAGCCACCCUCACCGCCUUCGUCGACCCAGGCUCGGCACCGUUGGCAGCCCACAGCCACAUUAAAGUAGAACCAUGUGGAAAUGGUAUUCUACAGAUGAACCGCCCCCUGCAUUGCCAGGGGCACUAAGCUCCCCUAAGAAUGCAGGUGAUCAUUCAGUGGCAGAUUUAACUGAGCAGCUGGCCCAGAAUGAACAACUCGUAUUGCAGCUUAAAGACCUAAUUCGGGAGAAAGAUAACCAGCUUCAUGUGAAAGAUCAACAGUUUAAGGAGAACAAAGAAGCCUUUGAAGCAAAGAUUUCCAAAAUGAAGCUGCAGACGAAGGCAAAGAUUACAUCACUUUCAGCUCAGCUAGAAGAUGUGAAGAAACAGCUUGGUCCUUCAGGUUCAAAGGAGCAGACUGCUGGAAAACACAAGCAAUCCACUGAUGGCGAACAGGAAAAUGCAGCUGCUAGUCGAGGUAAAGUAUUGAUGUUGAGGAAGAAGAUUGAGGAGUUGGAGUCGCAGCUUGCCAAAAAAGAUUCGGAGUUAAAGAAUAAGCUUGCAGAGCUGGAAGCCCAAUUGAAGCGCGGUGCUGAAAUGGACAUGAUGCUUGCUGAGAAGGAUACAAAACUGGCAGAGAAAGAAGCUUACAUUGUUGAACUGCAGUUAGCUGCUGUUUCAGGUCAUGCAUCUCAACAAAUAAUUCAGCCUGGUGAAGAAGCAAAGAUGCAACAGGAUCAGGUUGCAACACAGGAAACCUCUGUCAGUGACUUGCAGUCAAUGGUUCACAGUUUGACCAGAAAGGUGGAAGAGAGUGAAGAAAAGUUCAGCCUUCUCCAAGAACAAGCAACCAAUCUGAAGGACCAGCUGAACAAAGAGAGAAUUCAGUAUGAAGAAAAGGAAGCAAUGUACAUGAAAAAUAUUUGUGUGUUUCAGGAAAUGAUUCAAGCAAAGGAGAAUCAGCUUGCUGAGCAGAUACAGAAGCACGAACAGGAGCUCUUCCUUGUGGCUGCCAAAUCAGAUGCCAGUGCUGAUUUUGACCAGUUGUUGAAAGCCCUCAAACAAAAGCUACAUGAAAAGGAAGAGGUACUGUUGGGAAGGACACAAGUUGUAGAUGUGCUGCAGAAAGAGCUUGAUGGGAGGGAUCAGCAGAUAAAGGAGAUGAUUGAAAAGAUGAAGCUGCUUCAGUUGGAAAAGGACAAUCUUGAGGCUAAACUUGAUGCUGAAAAGCAUGUUAUGAAAGCCCAGGUCAGAGAUCUGAUGGAACGACAUGAGGCAGAGUUGAAAAAUAUCAAAGGAAAACAUAGCACUGAGUUGCAUGAUAUCAGGGAGAAACAUGAAGAAGAAAUAUCUCAGAAGGAACAAUGUCAUUUCCAACCACAGAAACAGUUGGGAAAUUUACACAAUUGUGGUGAGGUUCCUCUAACACUUGAGGCAACUGGUACUAUAGAUGAUGCCAUUAAACGGAAGAUUGAAGAAUUGGAAGAACAAGUGAAGCUUAAAACAGAAGAGGCUGCUAAAUCAGAGGCCAAAUUCUUGAAAAUGAAAGCUUGGUCCAAAUCGAAAAUCAGGCAGGCUGAAGAGGAUCUGAAAAAUGCACAGACUGGAGCUUCUCAUCAAGAGCAAUUGGCCCUCAAAAACCGAGUGGCUGAAUUGGAAGAGGAGAAGGGAGAACUACAACAGGAAGUGAAUUGUCUGCAACAUUUCAAGGCACAAAAUGAGGAGCUUCUAGCAAAACUGGAACUGUAUGAAGAGCAACAACAGAAAAUGCAAGCAGAUCUAGAACAAGUUACCAAGCGAGCAACUUCCCAGACAAGUGAAUCCGGAAGUGCAGAGGAACUGCAGAGCCGCCUGAUUGAGUGGCAAGAAAUGGUUUCUGAGUCAGCACGGAGCCAUGCCAAAGAUGAGAGGGCUGUCAUGGAAUUAAGGAUGACUCAAAUUGAGGAAGAAAGAGAAGCUUUGGUCUCAGGACAGCAGGAGCUGGAGGAGGAACUGGGGGAACUUCGAAGACUAGGACAGCAUCAAGAAAGGAGGAAACAGACCACCGAUGGCCAAAAGCUCGAGGAUGAUUACGAAUAUGAAGAGAAGCAGCAUAUUGAAGAGUCCAACAUUAAUGUGGAUCGCAAUGGUGCAAAUGAAGGGGAGAAUUUGGGAGGUUUGUGGCCAGAGUACAGUUCCCAUCAUACAGGACUGAGGGCAGUUGUUGAAGAGUUAGAAGUGGAGCGGAACAGGCUACAAGAGCAAAUACUAGUCUUGGAAGAACGCUGUGAAGACUUGGAGGACAGAGCACAGCUCCGUGCCAGAGUAGAAUUCCACCAGAGUGAAGCUGAACGGUUGCAGAAUCAGCUGUCCCUUUUGCGAAGCCAGCAAAGCCGUGAUUCUGAACAACAUCAACAACUUGUUUCCAUUCUGAAUGAACGGUUAAAAGGAGUCAGCGACCAGAAGGACUAUUUGGAAGUUUCACUCACAGAGAAGGAACGUGCGUUGACAGAAACUUUAGCAAAGCUGACGCAACUGGAUAAAUGCAAGGAAUCCUUGAAAGCCCAAGAAAUAACCAGCCAAGACCUUACUGAAAAGCUAUUGCAUACUGAAGAAAAUCUGGGAUGCAUAACAAAGAAAUGCAGUGCUUUUGAACUAGAGUGUGCUGAGCUGAAAAAUACAGUCCUAGACCUUUCAGAGAAAUUAUCUUCAAACAAAGAAAAGGUACAGAAACAGGAAGCUGCGAUGGAGGCUCUGCACCUGGAUCUGGAGCAGACGAAUGAGGAGCUAGAACGACUUAAUUCAAGCCACUUGGAGGAGAGAGCCCGCCUCAUUGCUGACUUGCAAAGCUGUGAAAGGGAGAUUGACACUCUUAAGGAGGUCAUUGUGGAGAAGGAGCAUGAAAAAACUGCUCUCUCUAAAAGAAUGAUGGAGUAUUCAGAGGAGAAUAAAACAUUAAAGGAGCAAAAUAGAUAUAAAGAGCAGGAGAUUGGAGAACUGCAAGCAGCCUUAGUUAAGGUUGAAAGGGAAAUUAUGUUGCUGAAGGAGACUCAGUCUGCUGAUGAGCAGACCAUGAAUAACAACCUUUCCUCAUUAGUAGAUCAGCUUUCCAGUAUGGAGUCUGAGUUGCAUAAUGCCAAGAGUGAAGCUGAGGCCAAGGAGAAAGAGAUUGUGGUUUUAAUGAAGCAGAUUGGAGAAAAUAAUGACACAAUUCAUAACGUACAUUCAGAGUUACAGAAACAGAACAUGUUAAAUCAAGUUCAUCUGGCAGAAUGUGGACCUCGGAUAUUGUCACUUGAAAAUAAGGUUACCGUAACCACUGAGAAACUUCAGGAAACGACUGCUGCAAACCAGAAAGAAAUUGAAAAACUGAAGGCUCAGUUGGCCGAAAGCAGUUCGGCAAAAGAAAAACUUGACAGUUCACUCCAAGAGAAAGAGGAAAAAGAGCAAUGUUUAGAGGACGAAUUGAAAGCUUUGAAAAACCAUUGUAAUAACCUAAUAGCUGAGAAUAUUAGAAAAGAAGAGGAGCUUGGGAAGCUAUCCAAACAACUUGCUGAAUACAAAGAAGAAACUGAAGGGAAAUUGCAGGAGAGGCUGGCUAUUGUUUCCUCUUUAGAGCAGAGGCUUCAAGUGGUUGAUGAAACAAAUUCUCAAUUGAUGCUUGAAGUACAGACUAAAGAAGCUGAAAGGGAAGACUUAAAGAGGCGGAUGGAUGAGAUGAGCAAAUUGGUUACUGACUUACAAAACCAAACAAAAGCACUAGAUGCAACAAAUGUACAGUUGCGGGCAACAGUAGACGAUCAAGUUCGGAACCUUACAGAGCAAGCUAACCUUGUAACAGAGUUAAAAGAUAAUGCUGCUAAUACUUUAAGGAUUAACUCCAGCUUGGAAUGUAGUAUGAAAGACCUGUCCAUUGAAAAUGAAAACCUCAAGGCGCUCCUAAGUGAUAAGGAAAAUGAACUAUCAAAGAGAAAUGAUGUUGUGCAGCAGUUGGAGAGCAAAAUAGUCUCUGAAGUAGAGCAGAUUUCGCAAAACUCAAGCACAAUCUCCCGGUUACAAGAAGAAAAAGAAGCAUUAACUGCAAAAUUAGAGCUUUUAAAGAUUUUGGAGGAAAAGAAAUUAGCAGUGGAACAGCAGUUACAUGAAAAGAUGAAUGAAUGUGACAUUCUGAAAGAUAAAAUUUUAGAGCAUCAACAAACUACUGAGCAAAUCCAAGGGCAAGUACGGUUUGCAACAGUGCAGCUUGAACAACUUCAGCUUUCAAACAGUGAAAAGGAGAUUGCAUUGAGUAAUAAAAAUGCUGAAUGCACCUCACUCCAAAAACUGUUACACAAGGGCCAAGAGGAAAUGAUGGAGUUACAAAAUCAGGUUCAAGCACUCAGUGCUGAGCUCGGGGACAAGGAUGUGGCUUUGAAAGAAAAGUUAUCUGAAUUGGAUGACUUGCAUGAGGUUUUAAGUCAGCACCAGCUUACUACUAAAAACUUGGAAAGUCAAGUACAAGAAUUGACAGAAGAAGGUGACAAACUCAGGCGGUGGUUGAAUGAGAAAGAGUCACUCCUAAAUAUUAAGUCUUCUGAAGGCUGUGACUUGCAGGGACAACUUGACCAGAAAAUUGAUAUGGUUGUGUUGUUGCAGAGACUAAUGGACGCACUAAGUAUUGACAGAGAACAUCUUCAGAAUGAGAAUAAAGAACUUCAAAUGUCUUUAAGUACGUGGACUGCUGAGUGCAGUCAGCUGCAGGAAAAGGUGAAUGAGUACGAACUUGCAACAUCUCUUGUGCAGGAUCAGACACAGGCACUUAGCACUGAAAAUUGUAGGCUUCAAGUGGAGCUUAAAGAGAUGAAGUCUGCAGUUCAGAGUAAAGUCGGUGAGAUUGUAAGCCUUCAGGAUGUGUUGUCACUAAAAGAAGGGAUGAUCACCUCAUUGAACAAAGAAGUUGAUGAUUUAAAUGCUUCCACUGCAAAGCUUACCUUGGAACUUGAAGAGAAACAGGCGUCAUUGAAUCAGCAAGCAAUAUUACUGCAAGAGGUCCAAGCCAAAACUUUACAAAAUGAAGAGCAGUUGGGCCAAUAUUUGCAGAUAAUUUCAGGGUUGCAGCAUCAGGAGCAAGUUCUGAUGUCUGAAGCAGGUCAGCUCAAGCUGACUCUGCUAGAGAAAGAGAAAGCCCUGCAACAACAGAUGGAUGAGCUCCAGAUAAAAGCUUCAGAGCACCAUGCACUGGAAAUGCAAUCCAUGGAGAACAUGGAAACCAUUUCUAAACUUCAAAACCAAAUCCAAGACUUGACCUUCAGAUCUCAUGAACUGAAGCGCACUAUUGAGGAAAGAGACUUGCUGCUGGCCUGUAAGGUUGAAGAUUGUGUCAAACUCAAGACAGUGCAUUCUGAACUGGAUGAUACCGUUUCACAACUUAGAGCACAGCUGGCAGCUGCCAGCUCUGAAGCUGAUGCGCUGAAGAAUGUCAUUAAGGAAAAGGAGUUGUCUCUCUCUCAGAUCAUGGAGAGUGCUGCAGCUUGCAAAGAAGAAUUAAUGUUAAAGAUGGAGGGAAAGGAAACUCAAAAUGAAGCACUUUGUAAAAGGUUGAUUAAUCUUGAGCAUUCAUUCUCACAAUUAAAUAAUCAAGUAAAUGAACAGAAUUCUGAAAUCAAUCAAUUGAGAGAAACUAUUGCACAAAAGGAGGCUUCAAUUUUGGAGCAGAGUAAACUUGUCAAGAGACUGGAAGACAAAGCAAGUGAGAACGAUUUGUUGAAAUCACAGUUCAACGAAAGCACAAAGCUGGUGUCUGAACUCCAGAGUCAAGUACAGUGUGUACUUGCUGAUUCAAAGCGACAUGAGCAGUUACUGCAGGAGAAAGACAUUGCUUUUAGCCACCUGCAGGAAAGGUAUGCUGUGCAGUCUGAGCAGUUCAAGGACCUUCGUAGAGAGCUUAGUAGGAAGGAUGAGGAAAUAGCGGGACUUCAGACAGUACUUAGUGAAAAGGAUGUCAUUAUUCAAACCACAGAAUAUAACAGCAAUACUUUGAUGGCUGAAAUUGAGUCACUAAAAGAGGAACUGCAGAAGAGUCGUGUAUCAUUAAAUGACUGUGGGAAUAUCUUGAAGCGCAAAGAGGAAAUGUUGACUAUUAAUCAAAACAACAUGGAUAACCAGAUUGCAGCUCUAAAUGCACAAAAUCUCCAAUAUAAGGAAGUUAUACAACAACUUGAGAUGGUUAAUCAGGAUUUGAAGCAAAAUGAUGUGAUUCUUCAGAAUAAGUAUUUAGAUCAGGCACAGCAAAUCGAGAGCCUUGAGUUGCAACUAAAGACUUUGAAUGAUAAGUCAGCACAAGAGCAUCAAGAAAAAUUGAUGCAAAUUGAAAGUCUUCAUCAGCAGUGUGAUCAACUCAGGAAAGAAAAUUCAGCACUGGAUCAAGAUUUGAACACAGUGAAAGCUGAGAAGGAAGAAAUGAAUGCCUCCAACCAGAAGCAGUUACAACAAAAAUCAGAAGAACUGCAGGUGCUCGAAGAGAAACUUGUAAGAAUGUGCGAAGUUAGAGAGAAGCGUGAUGUUAUGCAACAUCUGAAGAACGAAAAUGAAUGUCUUCAGAAACAGGUCAGUCUUAAAUCAGAGGAAAUUUUAAAACUGAAAUUAGAAAUUCAAAAAUUAGAGCAAAGUCUGAUGGAAUCAGAAAGGAAGUGGUUGGCAGAAUUGGAUAAAGAAACUGAGCAAAAUAGUCUGCUGACUGAAAAAUUAAACUUUUCAGGAAAUCAAAUAGAGUUGAAAGAUGCUAAAAUUGACGACUUACAAAAAGCUUUAGCUAAUUUGCAAGAAAAGUUUUCUGAACAGUAUUCACAAUUACAAACCAGUGCAAAUCAGCUAAAAGAACAAGAAUCGCUGGUGUCUAGCUUCAGUCAGAAACUUGCUGAAAAACAAUCUAGACUGGAUGAAUUGUCAGCUUUGGUUUUAAGUCAUGAAAAUGCCAUGAGUGAGUUAAAGCUUACUCUAUCUGAGAAAGAAAAAGAAAUCGAGAAUUUGCAAAGUAACAUUACUGCAAGUGAGAGUAAUAUUUUGGAAAGUGCUAAAAGCAUGGCUGAUAAAUUAAUGUCUUUUGAAGAAGAGAAGCUUUUGCUCCACAACGAGCUCAGUCAUUCUAAAUUAAGUCAUCAUUUGGAGCUACAAGAUUUACAAAGACAAAUAGCCGAUCUUCAGGAGAAACUGGAGCGAUCACAAGGUGAGCUAAGAGAAAGACAAAAUAUUUUAGAUGACAGUUUCCAACAAAAUCGUUCAAUACAAGAGCAAUUCAGUGCUCUGGAGCUGAAACUGGAAAAGAAAUCUCAGCAGCUGGAAGAUGCAGUGAAGGAAGUAGCAAAGCAUUUUGAUACCCUGCAAAAGAAAGAACAUGAGACACAAAUUCUAACUAUGCAAAUAACCCAGCAGCAAGAACUGGUGGCUUCUCUCAGUCAACAGCUGAGGGAGAAGGAUGUUUCUGCAAUGCAGCUUUCAGAAUCCAUUUCAAAGGAAAUGGUUAAAGCAGCAGACGUAGAAAAACAACUGACUGAUGAAAUGCAAGAGCUUAAGUUGCAGAAUUGUGCUUCUGAUGAGAAGACUGCCCGCUUUACACGUGAACUUGAGGAGCUAAAGAAGCAGCUGGAAAGCAAAGAUAUUCUUCUAAGUGCAAAGGAGGACCAGUACCAAGGCAUUGUGACUGAAAACAAACAGCUGCAUUCACAAACCCAAGCACUAAUAAAGGAGAGGGACCUACUCAAGAAGAAAUUUCAAGCUGCACUGUUAACCAGAAGGGAUCUGAUGAAGAAGGUUGAAGAGUUGCAACAAAGUGCUACUGCUGAUGUAGACAAAAGCAAGCAAAUUGAAGAACUGCAGGGUAAUUGCAGAAUGCUUGAAAGCCAAGUGACGAGUGGUCAGAAGGAGUUUAGAGAGCUUGAAAUGCACCUUGAAGUUCUUAAACAACAGCUGCUGGAGAAGGAUGGUGAUAUAAAUAUUCUCAGUGAGACUCUUUCAAUGAAAGAAACCUUCAUAGAACAAUUACAGAAGAAUGUCAGUCAAUGUGAAGCAGAGAAAGAAUCUCUGUCUGUGGAAUUGUUCAAAAUUGUUCAGGAAAAAGACUCCUCGAUUGCACAACUCAAAUCUGUUUUAACUGAAAAGGAGAAGGCAUUUGAAGAUGAGCGAUAUCAAUUUAAUUCAAACCUCAAAACUCUCAAAACUGCAUUAUCUAAAGUACCAGAAUAUUCAGACACAGAAUUACCUGACACAAGUGAAGCCCUUGGUGACAGUAAUGGUGGUGUUACUGAAGUUGUGGAUAAGCUAAACGCACUCAAGCAAGAAAAGGAACAUCUACAAAAGAAGUUGCAGGCAGCACUUUUAGCUCGGAAGGAAACUAUCAAAAAGGCUCAAGAGAAGGACAGACUUCACAAAGAGCAGCUAUCACAACAAAAGGAGGAGUACAACCACAUUUCAGAAAAAUAUUCCACACAAAGCAAAGAGUUAGAGGAUGUUAAAGAGGAACUGGCUGCAGUCCAAGGUGCACAUCAAACAAAGCUAACAGAGAUUGAACAUAAAAGAGAAUUAAUAGGGACUUUGGAAAAACAGCUAGAUUCAGUCAAUAUUUUGCUUCAUGACAAAGAAAGGAUGGUGGAGCAGCUUAAAGUUCAGCUUGAAGAAAAAGAGAGCAAGAUGCUUACAUUUGAAGGUCAGCAAGAAGAAGUUCAAGCCCUUGAGAAGAAAUUAGCUAGCAUGGUUUCCACCUUAUCUGUAAAAGAAGCUGGUAUGAAAAGCCUGGAAGAAGCUAACAACCACCUACAGCAAGAAAAAGUAGAGUUAAUGUCAGAGUUGGGACAUUCACAAGUGAGGAUUGUUGAAAAAUCAGAAGAGGCAGAAAUGCUGAAGCAAUCCAUAAUUAGUAUAGAGCAACAGCAGCAAGAAGAAAAGGAGAGCCAAGCAGCAGAGAUUCGCUGGCUUCAAAAUCAGUGGCAGUCAAGCCAAGCUGAGGCCCAAACCCUCAAAGUUGCUCUGGAGGAAGCAUUGAAAGACAAAGAGAAUUAUCGGCGUUCUUUAGCAAAUGAAGCUGGAGAUGUUAAUUGUCUUAAAACACAACUGUUAGAUUUAACCAGUGAAAAAGAAAAUACCCAGGCACAACUGGCUGUCUUUCAGGUGGAGAAUGCAGAACUCAAAGCAACACUGAAACAGUCUUGGCAGUCUCAAGAGGCAGAGGAGGAGAGGGUGUGCGCAACUCAGUUAUUGGCUGUGCAGACAGAGCUAACAAAAGUGCAUGAGAAUUUACAAGAGCGAGAGAGUACCAUAAAGUUACUAGAAUGCACGUUGUCUGAGAAGGAAAAACUUGUUGAGGAGCUGGAAAUGCAAGUACAGAAACUAUCAAUAUUUUACGAAGCACAAAGUAAAAGAACAAAAGCUUGCACCAGUGAAGUUCAGCGGAGGUCGGCAGAUAGUUCUGAGGAAGAGAAGUCCAAAGAGCUGAUGCAGAGAAAACUACAAGCAGCACUAAUAUCUCGGAAAGAGGCUCUGAAAGAAAACAAAACUCUGAAGCACGAAAUUAAUGUUUUAACAUCUGAAAAGGAAGAAAUUCUUUCUAAGAUUUCUACCCUUGAAAGAAGCUUGGCAGAAAUGAAGAAACAACUUGAGCCCUUGCAGCAAGCAGAAUUAGCACACCAGGAAGAGAAGAAGCGGCUUCUUUCUGAAGUUGAUGGUGCGUUCGCAGAGAAACAGAACCUAAGUGCAGCCUGUGAAAGUCUAAAGCAUACACUGGAAAUUCUAACUCGGGAGAAGCAACAAUAUUCUCAUCAGCUGGAUUCAUUGAAAAGUUCCCAGAUGGCGGAGUUGUCAGAGUGGAAGACAAAACAUGAUGAGUUAAAGAACGAAUAUGAAUCCCUUUUGCAAUCCUAUGAAAAUAUCAGCAAUGAAAUGGAUAAGAUGAGGCAGAUAGUUGAGACAGCAAGAAAAGAGAAACAAGAGGUGUUUUUUAAGCUCCGUGAUGUUGAAGCUGAGCGACAAAACGUUGAGAGGCAGCUUGAGGAGGCUGGUGAUGAAAAUGAAAAAAUAAAGGAAAAGAUGCGAAAGUUUGCAAAAUCUAAACAGCAGAGAGUUCAGGAGCUUGAGGAAGAGAUUGAAAGAAUGAAUAAUGAGUUGCAAACUAUUUCUGCUGCAAAGCAGAGCCACACAAGCGAAUUGUCUACACAAUACAGUCAGCUCCAGGAAGAAAACAAGUUACUAAAACAAACUUAUGAUGAUCUCAAAGCAGAGUUUGACAAAACCCAAAAAGAAAGGGAGCAUCUGCUGAAUGAAUUUAAUUCAUCCAUAUCUAUCAUAGAGGAGUUGCAGAGUGAGGAUGCAUUUUAUCAGUCUGGUUUACAGUCCCAACUUGAUUAUAAAUCCCAAGUAAAUGAACCACCGUCGUCAGAAAUGCAAUCCCCAGAGAACAAGCUUACAGUUGAGGAAGGAGAGGUUCACAUUUUGGGGCAAGUAAGACUAUUGUUGUCUGAGAAGCUUCGACAGUUAGAGUUUCGUCUCAGAGCGGAGACUCGUGAAAAAAAUGGAAUAAUUUCACAGCUUGAACAAGAAAUAAAAGCAUGCCAUCAAGAGACUAUAAACUUAAAUGAAAAAGUCAAAAUUUUAGAGGAUGACAAAUCUCUUCUCCAGGAAGAACUUGAAAAUGUCCAAGAAAUAUCAGACAAGGUCAAAAAUGAGAGAGAGUAUCUGGAGGCAGAAUUACUUAAAAAUGUCGACAAGAUCGAUCAGUUAACUGAAGCACUGAAGACAUUUCACAUACAGAAUAAUUCACUAGUCAAUGAAUUAGAUGGCUUCAGAGAAGAGAAACGUCAUUUAAUCAAAGAAAAAGAAGCCCAGGAAUUAAAACUGGUGAAAGAAUUUGAAGAGCGGCUCCGGUCUGCUCGGAGAGGUAAGACCACAUCCAAGGGUGAAACCAAGGAGCUGCAAGAACUGUUAAAAGAGAAGCAACAGGAAAUAAUUCAGUUGCAGAAGGACUGCAUCAAGUACCAAGAGCUCAUUAUAGACUUGGAGCGAGGAGUCAAAACAUCAGAAUCUACCUGUGAAGAAAUGAGCAAGAAACUAGAGUCUACGACUGCAAAGGCUUCCGAUUCUGAAAGACAAGUCAAACUUGUUCAAGAAGAACUUGCCUCUUACAAAGUCUUGCUCCGUGACGCCAGAACCGAAACCGAAAAUGCUCGUAUGCAGUGCUUGGGGUUAACAGAAGAUCUACGGAAGAAUGAAGAGAAGACAAAAGCUCAAAUUACUGAAAAAGAGAAAGAACUCCUCGAGAUUUUGGAUGAACAGAAAAAAAUUCAUCAAAAAGAAAUGUUGAGUUAUCAGGACAAACUGGACUUGCUGGAAAGGGACAAAGAUAGAGUGGUUGCAGAAAUCUUGGAGUUGCAAGCUGAAAUAAAUGGCCGGGAUCUUACGAUAAAGAAGCUGCGGGAUGAGUUGAAUAACAAUUUGGCUAAACUGGCAGCAUUCACAAAGUCUAUGUCCUCUCUUCAGGAUGACAGAGACAGGAUUAUUGAAGAGACCAAAAAAUGGGAAGCUAGAUUCCAAGACACUAUCCAAAGUAAGGAAAAUCAAGUGCAAGUGAAAGAAGAAAUGUUACAAAAGCUACAUGAGGAGAUAAAGGUAAAAUCAUUCAACCUUCAAGAACUCCAAUUCAGAACUUCAAAGUUGGAGCAGACCAUAAAUGAACUUAAUGUGGGUAGUAAGGAUGCUGAAGUCAAGCAUCAAAAUGAAAUGAUUAACAUGAAAGAAGUUAUUUGCAAACAGUCAGAAAAAAUUGAAGAGAUGGAGAGGUCAUUAAAAGACAAGGAGGCAGCCUUAUCCAAAUUGUCACAGGAAAAUAAUUAUUUAAGCACACAGCUAUCUGACAUGAGCCAGUCUGUGACUGAGUUGAAAGUAGCAGAGCAAACCCUGAUAAAAGAUCUUGCAGAAAAACAGUCUGAGGGUCAUCAACUUCAGGUUGAUAAUGAAAAGUUACGAGGUGAUCUUCAGAAGCAGAGUGCCAUUUCCCAGCAGCUGAAGCUAAUGCUGAGCAGUAAAGAUGCUGAGAUCUCAAAACUUGUCUCAUCGAAGGACAGUGAAAUUUCUGAGUAUGUAGUGGAAAUCCAGCAGCAACACAGAAAGCAAAUAGAUGACUAUGAAAAUAAGUUGAAAAAUCUCCAUCAGGAUAACCAGAAAGGAGCCAGUGAUUUGAACGAGUUGGAGGACCAGCUUGAGAAGAUUAGGGAAGAAAGGGACAAAGCUGUUAGCAAAAUGGAUGCUUUCACAAAGUCAAUGGCUUCCCUGCAAGAUGACCGAGACCGCAUCUUAUCAGAAUACACACAACUAGAACAACGACAUCUUGACAUGCUUGGGCAGAAGGAUUGCAUUAUUCAGGAGAGUGCAACUGAAAACAAUGAACUGAAGCAAGAAAUCAGAAAUUUACUGAACCAGAUGGAUGACCUUAAUUCUGAAAACGCAAUGCUAAAAGCACAGUUGGUGAAGUACAGGGAGGAGCUUAACCAGAUCUUGUCAUUGAAGGAUAAUCAGCUAAAGGAGCUGUUGCAAAAACAAUUGCAGCAAAUUAAGAAUCUUGAGAAUGAAAAAUCGAACUUUGAAGAACAGUGGAAAGUUGCACAAAGUUCACUUGAAAAAAGUAAUGAAAGCCUAAAGUCCUUACAAGAGGAGAACGCACGAAUUUUGGAACAAUUUACACAGCUCAGGGCUGUUGGCUUACAAACCCAAGGGGAUAAAUCUGAAGCAAAUGAGAGGCAGUUAAUUCUAAAGCUUCAACAAAAACUUCAAGCUAAAACUCUGGAAUGUGAAGAGCUCAAAAAAGAAACAAGUAUUGGAGGAGCCAACUUAAAAGAACUUGAAAACAAAUUUACUGAAGUUGAAAGUCUGGCUAAAUUACAGGCAGGAGUUAAAAUGUCAGAAAGUGCUGAUGGAAAAGUGCAGGAGCAAACUGAAGAAAAGUUGGUGGGAUUGUCAUAUUCAGUGAUGGAGCAAAGACUUUUGGAUGUCAUAAAUGAGAACAAGGAGCUAGCUUCUCAGACAGCAUCUCUUGAGAAAAUGUUGAUGGUUCUACAGAGUGAGAGAGACAGACUUCUAGAGGAUAUUGAGCAACUCAAAACCAGACAAACAGAUGAUCUUAAGGUAAAUGGGGCUAUUCUUAAAGACCAGAAAUUAAAGAACAACAAUGAUUCUUCUGAGAUUACAUGGUUCAGAAACAAAGUAGAAGAACUGGAGAAGCUUCUUCAGCAAGCAAAGCAGCAAGAACGCACAGAGCAAGAUCUGUCUUCCUGCCAGAAUGAAUUGGCUGAGCUAAGGUCAGAGAAGAAUUUGCUGCUUUCAGAGUCCAGAGCCAUUAAAGAGCAAUAUCUUGCAACGGUGGCAGACAGAGACAGACAAAUUGCAGAAUUGAGGAAAUUGAACCAAGAAGUGUGGAGCGGUGAACUGGGAAAAGUUAGUGGUAGGCACCAGAUAAAGCCAUUAGAAACUGUAUCUUUACUGGGCAUUGAGAAUGUCGCUGAACAAGUCAGGACUCUGUUAGUAGAAAAGAAACAACUUCAGACUGAAGCUCAGGGUUACCUACAAGAAAUUCAUCAGAAAGAACUGCGAUUCCAGCAGCUGAACAGCAAGGUUAUGCAGUGCAUUGAAGAUAGAUCAGCAUUAACAAGUCAGCUGAAAACAGUGUCUCAGAAUCUGCGUGAUACACAGUCGCGUUAUGGGGAUCUGCAGGAUCGCUACUACAAUCUAGAGAGACAAUACCAAGCACUGCGCUCAUCUUUCCAGCAUGAAGAGCAACAUGAGACUAGUGAAGAUGUUCCACCUGGAGCUCCACAGGAGCGUGCCAGUAUCAUAGUGGAAAUUGACAAUUUAGAGCUGAAUGAGCUACGGAGCAGGCUUGCGGAAUCAGAGCAACGUAAUGCGUCUGCCCAUCAGGAGCUGACCCAGUUAGCAGAAAUGCUCACGGAUGAAGAACUAAGGAGAUGUGCUGCAGAGGAAGCAUUGCUCGCGGCAGAAGAAAGGCUCAAGGGCCUUGAUCCACUUCCAGUCAGACUACCACCCAGAGAGUACACCAUUCAACUGGAAUCGGACGAGGAGCGUGAGGCUUUGAUUAUAGAUCCCAGUGAACAGGUGGUUGUGCGGAAGGUAAAGAGAGGAGCACUUUCCUUCAAGCGCUGGCUGCGGGGCCGCGGUUUGUACUGCUCAAAGCUAAUGAGUUCACGGACCAGAUCACGCUACUUGGUCUUGGCGUACUUUGUGACACUACAUGUUCUUGUUUUCAUGUGCCUGGCAGGACGUUUAUAGAUGCACUAUAGUGACUGUGGGAGAAGGAAUGCAUGGGGUUGAGGGUUGUAGGGGGAGGAGGUGAAUUCCAGCCUGAUAUGCCACGUUAGGAAACCGAUGUGAAAUGAUACCACACUAGGUCUCCACUCAGUCUAAUUUUACUCAUCAUUUGUCAGUGAAUCGGUGUUCCACCUGAUCCUCUCACUUUCAUGUCAAAGGUAGGGUGCAGAUGGGAGUCAUGCCUGUAUGUUUGUCAAAGCUGCUAAUAAGUCAAGCACUGAUCACAGUUGUAUAAAUUCAUCUUGUAUUAAAGUGUGUUGUCUAGAUUGUUUAUGACUGUUCAGUGAGAUGGUAAACUGGGUUCAAAAUUGUGAUUUUUUUUCUCUCUGCUAUAAAAAUCCAAAGAUAUUCUGCUUUCAACGGUUAUAUAAAAUAUCUAUUAUGUAAAAUUAUGUAUAUUUUCCGAUGUGUAAAGCAAUAUUAUUUAACUCCACGACUUAAAAGGUAGGAUGUUAAGCAAGGGUUGAAAGAUUAUAUUUCUGCUUGGAAUGCAUUUGUAAAUUUGAAGUGGUGCUGGGAUUUCAAUAAAGCACUGAGAGCAUUAGAAUGUAAUUUAUAUAUUACUUUCAUCUUGGUUAUGACAAGAUGUAACCAGGGUGCAAUUUAGAAAUGCACUUUUUGAAAAUGAUCAUAUCUUGUUUGGGAAAAGUUUUUAUUAAAAAUUAA